AUGGAGGCGACGCCAGCGACAGCAGCAGCAGCAGGAGGAGCUGGAGGAGUUCUCCCAGAGCCUCUCGAGCGGACCGUCUCGCAACAAUCAGCUACCUCGAUCCGCAGCGGUGCCGGCCACCGCGGCCGCAGCAAGCGCCUGACUUCGCAACCGUCCAGCUCGGCGUCGUCGCUGGCGCCGUCAGAUAAAUCGCUGACGUCGUUUCCGUCGUUUUCACCGGACUCGCCGCGGGAGGAGCAGUUGUCUUUUUUUGCUUCUCCGCAGGGGUUCGGUGACGGGAGUGAGGAUGGGAAUGGGGAUAGGGAUGAGAAUGAUAACGAUAACGAGGCGACCCCGGUGGCGCCGUCGAGGAGGAUAUCGGAGCGGGGCUGGUCGGUGUCGCCUUCGGAACGGGGCAGCGGCAGCGGCGGACGGGCUGAGAGCCAGGGGAGGAGGAUACAAGACCCAUCAGAAGAUACGAAAUACACCAAGACCCGACCCCGACCCCACGCGCCCUCAAUCGACGACCUCCUCACCAGCGCCGUCUCCCCCGCGCGCGACGCCCUCUUCGAAGAAGACGCCGACUCCUCCCGAACUACCAACACCACCCUGAAUAACAAGAUCCCCGGCGCGCUACACCUUGCAGACGAUUCACACAUCGAGCGGCUGAUCGCGCGGCGUGGCGCAGUCCCGCUGGUGCGGCAGAUCGCGGAGGACCUAGCGCACCGGGACGUGCAAAUUGCCAAGAUACGGCGGCGGGCAGAGGAACGCGAGCGGGCGCUGCGCAAGAUUGUAAAGGAGUGUGGGCUGUCGAGUCUGGAUUUGGAGACAAGGCUGAGGGCGGUGGAGCAGGAGGCGAGGGUGAAUGGGGCGUCGCGGAGGGGGUCCGGAGAGGGGAUAUCAGAGUUGAUGACGGAUGCUAUGGCGGAGGAUGUGAGGGAGGGAUAUACACCUGGGCACGGAUACCCGUUUGCCGCGAGUCAUCUCUUGGACGAGGGCACGAUCCGGCCGAGUUCGGUGCCGUUGCCGUCUGGGGCGGAUGGUGAUGCGGCUAAGGGAACGGGUCGCGGGUGGAAGGAUUAUCUCUGGGGCGGGACGGCGAAGAAGACGAGCCGGGCUAACAGUCUGCUGCGGGAGGCGGCUAGUACCACCAGCACCAGCGGCAACAAACCACCGGGAACGUCGACGACGGUGAUCCGGCCCACGCCUGCCGAGCGCCGGCCAGCGUUGCAGGACGAUCUGUUCAACCCGCCGGACGAGGGCGGCUCGGCAUCGGUGCGCAGCUCUAGUAGGGCAUCCAGCAUCAACUCGAGCCACACCUCCCGCAAGACGUCGUCGCUGGCUAGCAUGGCGCUGCGGCUUGUAGCGGGAGGAGGAGCAGGAGGUAGUGGUGGUUCAUCGACGGCGCGCGACAACGAACCCCGCGGACGAGCAACCAGCGCCCAAGUCAGCGGUCCCGCAAGGACAGCGUCCAGCGCCAGUCUCAACACAGCAGCCGGCGGUAGCACCAGAGGCAGCGGCAACAGCACAGUCCGCGCUGUAUCUUCCCAAGGCGGGCCGAAAGCACUGAUGGCCAUGCGCCGACCGCCCGUCUCCGUCCAGGUCCCCUCAUCACGCGGACAACCCCAGACCCAGCCGCAAGAACGUUGGGACACGAUGACGAUGACUCCCGGCGGUGCAGGCGACACAGCAGCGCGAAACCAAAACAACUACGGGCCCGUCGAAAUGGACACGAUCCUACCCGCCGAAGCCCAGCCGCCGACGCUGACACACAUCUACAACAACCACAUCGGCUCGGAUUUCUUGACCGACCGGUUCGGGUUUAUCUACGACCAACGGCGGAAGAAACGCCAACGGGAAGCCGCCCACUCGGCACAGGCAGCGCAGCAGCAGAUGGCCGCGCGCGUCGCUCGGCAUGCGAAGAAGGGCAGUCGCGCCGAGAUGAUGAUUCACGGCCGCAGUAGCAGCAUCCACAGCAGCCACAACACCCUGGCGCGGGAGGAAGAGGACAACGCCAGCGGGCAUGUGAGCCUAGGCGGCGGCGCCGGGGGCAGUAACGAUCGACCAGGCACGCCAGGAUCAACAGAAGAGCCGCGAGGUGGUGAUGAGACACCUGCUGCCGUGACAGCCAAGCCCAAGCGGUGGCAGGACUAUCUCAAGAUAGCGACGUUCCCGACCGAACUGCUCUCGCAUACGCCGUCGAUUAGUGCGCAGGGAUUUGCGGUGCUGGAAGCCGCUGAGGAGCCGGAGUCGCCCAAGUUGCCGGCACCGCCCAAGUCGCCUAGGUCGCCGGGUCACUCGCCGGGGAUGGUGGCUGAGGAUAGGGGGUUUCUUCCGCCUGCUACGACGACUACUGCUAUCCAGCCUCAGCCUGUCGCUGAAACGAAUUCGUCGUCGGAGUUGGCCCAGGAUUUGUCUCAUGAAUCAUCUAAGGAAGAUGCCGAGCCGGUGCGGUUGCUGCUGGAGAAUCUUAAUAAUCUACACGAUACCCUCCAGCGCGAGAAAACCGUCCGAUGGAACGACUUCCUCCGCAAAGUCCGCGCCGAGCGCAGACGCGACGGGGAAGCCGCAGCCGCAGCCGCCGCAGCAGCAGCAGCAUCCUCCGCAUCAGCCUCCUCAGCGUCCGCAGCCGAAAGCCAAAGCCGGUUUCAACGCGCCACAGCCGCCAUGAUGCCCGAGACCCGUCUCAGCGACGGCGAGCUGAUCGGUGUCGCCAGCUUGGGACUGCAAGGCAAGAUCGGACGGGCCAAAGCCAACGAGUUCCGCGCGCUGGUCCUCGGCGGUAUCCCCGUUGCCUACCGCGCCAAGAUCUGGGCUGAGUGCUCUGGUGCGCACGCUUUGCGGAUUCCGGGGUAUUACGCCUCUCUCGUCGCUCGGGGCGACACCGCCCCCGAGACAGAGAUAGACACAGGGGGCCCAGAAGCGGACGCAAAAAGAAAAGCAGCCGCCGAAGCCGAAGCCCAAACCACAGCCCAAAUCAAAGCCGACAUAACCCGCACCCUCACCGACAACAUCUUCUUCCGCAAAGGCCCCGGCGUCCCGGCCCUGCACGACGUCCUCCUCGCCUACGCCCGCCGCAACCCCUCCGUCGGCUACUGCCAGGGCAUGAACCUCGUCGUCGCCAACCUGCUCCUCCUCACCCCCUCCGCUGAAGACGCCUUCUGGCUGCUCUGCGCCCUGGUUGAAUCGAUCCUGCCCCCGCAUUAUUUCGAUCAUUCCCUGCUUGCGUCCCGCGCUGAUCAGGCUGUGUUGAGGGGGUAUGUAGCUGAGGUACUGCCGCGGUUGUCAAAUCGCUUCGAUGAGUUGGGAAUCGACCUGGAGACAAUGACCUUUCAAUGGUUCCUCUCCCUAUUCACCGACUGCCUGUCGGCCGAGGCCCUAUUCCGCGUCUGGGACGUGGUGUUGUGCUCGCCGCAGGAGGGGGGUAGUUUCCUGUUCCAGGUGGCGUUGGCGUUGUUGAAAUUGAAUGAGACGGCGCUGUUGGCGUGUGAGAGCCCCGCGGAGGUGUAUACGUAUAUUAAUCACCAGAUGACGAAUCAUGCGAUUAGUAUUGAUGGGUUGGUGCAGGCUAGUGAGGGGUUGAGGAGGGUGGUGAGGAGGGAGGAGGUGGAGGUUAGGAGGGCGGCUGCUGUUGCUGCUGAGGGGGGCAAGAAAUAA